AUGAAAUGUGAUGGCAAAAAGCCUAUAUGCGCCCAGUGCCAUGCUCAGGGUCUAACGACAUGCGAUUAUUCUGAGGCGAAGCUCGUUAGAGAGCGGAAGCAGCUAGAGUUGGCUCAACUGAAAAUUGGAGCCUACGAGGACUUGCUUCGGAAUAUCGCUCAAAGAGCGGACACCUCUAUUGCGAAACAAAUUACAAGCACCCUUAAAGCCUAUACAACAGUCAGCGAACACCGGAAUAGUUCUUCAAAUGUUUCAUUUUCGUCUAUCGAUUCUCUGGACAAUAUUGAUACGGUGGGUGAAGACCUCAAUCGCAGCAAAGAAAGUAGGGCUACAGGAUACAUGGGGAAGGAUUCUGAAAUUGCGUGGAUGCAACGGCUGCAGUCGAAUACUACAAGCCAGAACGACAACCCGGGUUCUUUAGAAAAACCUUUGAAAGAAUGGCCUCUCGUUAAUGACUCCAUCGUCCCAAUGAACUAUCGUCUUGACCAUCAUCAUUUGUCCGACCCCGAAGUGAGGAAUGCUUUCGUCCUACCACCGAAAGCGCUGGCAGAUCAUCUACUCCAUAUUUAUCGCACUAACGUCGACAUUUCUUUUCCAAUCAUCCGAUGGGGAUUAUUCAUGGAUCAGUAUCGCCGCCUAUUCUCAGGGAGCUUGAUAAAUCCCGGGAGGAGGUGGUUGGCUGUCUUUAACAUGGUCCUUGCUAUUGGCAGGAACUUUUGCCGAGUCUCCAAACAAGAUCUGCAGGUUUACGCUGAUGACGACGUGUUCUUUGCUCGAGCGAAAUCCCUGAACAUUUCGGAGACUGUUCUCUUUGGCUACGAAGAUCUGCAACAAGUGCAGGUCGAGACGCUUAUGACGUUAUACUUCCUAACUGUUUCUCGGGUUAACAGAACGAACAACACAUUUGAUGCGGAAGCAACCGAAGCGCGGAAGCGGCUAUGGUGGUCGAUCUUUUACCUGGAACAUCUACUCUCUGCCAUGACUGGCCGAGCCUCUUGCCUUGGAGAUGGUUCCUGCUCUGCACCUCCACCGCUACCCUUUGAACACUCGGAAUAUGAGUUUUCUGAUGUCGGUCAGUGGGGUGAUGGCCGAUUAGCCCAUGCCGGCGAUAUGCAAUGGACGAUCUUCCAGAGCGACGAACAGAUCGAAGCCCAACAUACGUCCUUAAAGUCUAUGCAGCCCAGCGCGUCUCUCUACUUCUUCUAUCUGGUAGACCUCGCUUUGAUCACGCACGCCAUUACCAAUCGCGAGCACAGUACGAGCAUCUUUCGAGAUGGUUGGAUUCAGAUCGAAAGCCGCAUUGGGAUUUACACUCAAAAGCUAGAUCAAUGGGUAUCUGGCUUACACGCUUCCUUGGCUUUUGAAGACAAGCAUGGUAAUCAACACCCCAGGAGCAGAUCAUAUUAUCAGGUCUCGUUAGCAUUGCACUAUUACAGCGCUCGUGCUGUCCUCAAUCGGCAUUGUCUUACACGCCCAGAAACCGCUGGAAAGAGCGGCAUCAAUCUUCCACGAUCCCGGUUUUACAACAAAUCCUCUUCGGCCUUCCUCCGUGCAUCUUUGGCGCUCAUAGCUGUUCUACCAGAUCAACCAGAUACGGUUUGGGCCUACAAUGUCGCCCCAUGGUGGGGUUUCCUGCAUUUUCUAAUGCAAGCCACUAUAGCCUCCCUUAUACAUUUGUCAGUUCUCUCAGUGCCAGCGAGUGUCGAGACUGAGGAAGGCGCUCCCGGGUCUGUGGAAACGCCUGAAGUUGUUCUUGCUGCGACGAAAAAAGCGCUCCACUGGCUGUAUUGCCUUGGGAAAUCUGAUGAGGCCGCUCGUCGAGCUUUUCUACUUUGCAACAGUUGCAUUCGCCGUAUAGCCCCUAGCAAAGGCCUGGAUUUGAGUGGUAUACCCUCCACGAUUGAUUUAUCCGAGACGUCCAGCGUUGCCCACUCUACGGAGUCGGAUAUACCAAGAGAGACAAGCAACUCGACAUUGCAACAAGAUCAGGGUAGCGAAUCAAUGGCCUCCCAGGGAGUUCUUGACAAUGAAGGAAGUGAAGAUACACUGUUUCAAGAGUCCGAAGAGGCACGAAAAUCUCGAGACAGCGUACGGAGCCUUUCCGCCGUGCUUGACACUGAUAUCGCCAUGUCAGAGUGGAUUUCGGACCCGACCGACGCAAAUUUUGAAGAGCACGUCAUCAACAACAUGAUUGGAACAUCUACUGCCGAGUACUUGUUCAUUCGGCUUUGCAUCCUAUUUCUUCACAACAUCGCACCAAUCAGUAUUUUAUACAGCGUUCAAUUACUCGUCGCUCAAUUCUUUCAUCUACCAACUUAUUUCGAACGCAUACCCUUGGCUAUCCAAAUUUGGCUCAUUGCAGAAGCCGUCUUUUUCACAUUUGUCUACAUACCACUUACAUACGCCCUUCGCAAUUCUCCUAUCUACCACAAACCUUUGUCCACGGAGCUCAGAGAGAAUUUGUUUCGGAGCUGCAAUAAAAAUGUGCCCAAUGUGGAGAAAUACCUCAGCCAGUGGCUUAUGGUCUCAGAAGCUGAAUGCAUAAAGCGCGAUAAUGUGAAAGACUUUAUCAGAUGGUCAUUAUUCGGACCUGACCAUAUCCUCGAGCAAGAUCAGCAGCAUGAAGAGGAAAUCGAGACCUACACAGUAGAAAUUGAGAAGCUGAUUGGACGAAAAUUGUCACCGGGCAGGAUGGAUGUGAAAGGCCUAGGACGGCUUUUGAAUGAAGCAGGCGGUUCACAUCGAAGUCUGCUAUGGUACAGUUGCGUCUCUGUGGUUGAUACCAUAACGUACUGCAGGAUGUCAUACAAUGGCUUCCACUUCUAUCGCAAUUCGCUCUCGCGAUUCUUUACCGUCUUUCCAUUUCGCCCUGUCACAAUAUUCACGUCUUAUCGAUCACCGGUGCGGCAUCUCACAUACUGGCAUCGACGACAUACAUCCAAGACACAGCUACCCGUACUAUUCAUACAUGGUAUCGGGAUUGGCAUGUACCCUUACGCAGGCUUCCUCCGAGAGUUAAACGAGCAACUACAGGCAGACGCCACCGACGAUGGUGAGAUCGGCAUCAUCGCACUUGAAAUCAUGGCAGUAAGCUCUCGGAUAACCAAUCCUGCUCUCGAAAAGGAGGUGAUGAUUUCUGAGAUCAUGGAGAUCAUGCGGUAUCACGGAUGGGACAAGAUCGUGCUUGUGUCUCAUUCUUAUGGUUCCGUAAUCGCCACACACCUUCUCAAGUCUGAUCGGUUCGCUCCGCUCAUCGGGCCUGCGGUCUUCAUUGAUCCUGUGUCAUUCCUUCUCCAUCUGCCUGACGUGGCAUACAACUUCAUAGCCCGCCAGCCAGCACGGGCCAAUGAAUACCAGCUAUGGUAUUUCGGAAGUCAAGACAUUGGAGUUGCGCAUACGUUGGCAAGGAGAUUCUCUUGGAUUGACAAUAUCAUUUGGAAGGAGGAGCUCGGGGUGAAGGCGGAAAAAGACCAGAAGGGUAGAAAUGUUACCGUUGUUUUGAGUGGUAAGGAUUUGAUUGUGGACACCGAAACCGUGGGGCAGUACUUGAUGGGUUCAUCAGAGGUCUGGACCGUUGACAAGGAAGCAGCACAAGCAUGGAAAAUCAGGCCCUGGAUUGGGUGCGGACUUGAGAUGCUGUGGUUUGAAGAGUUGGAUCAUGCUCAGGUUUUUGAUUCUGAGACUACCAGGCGGCCGGUCAUCAAUGCGAUCUCUGUAUAUUCAAAGACAGGCUGA